AAGACAGUAGAGUGAAUCAACUCUUUGGUGCAGAGAAGAGAGAACUCCAGAGGAAGAUAAUCCUUGGCAAUCUGCUUUAACAUGAGACUAUCUCUGUUAUUUUCCAGUAUCUUGAUGGGAUUGCUAGCAGAUCAGGGGGCAGUGGGUGAAUGUCCCCAUAAGAAGGCUGUUACACUGGUGCCAUCAUUCACGGUGACAACCAUAGUCACAGAGAGGAGUACUGCCAGACCUGCAACCACAAGCCAUGGGAGGACAAGCACAACCCACAGGAUCACCACAGCUGCCACUACCCCAGACAGUAACAGAACUGCUACCAGUCCUCCAUCCACAAGUGAAAGAACAGCUAUUACUCGUGUAACUACAAGCCCCAGAAACACCUCAACCAUCAACCCGUCACAGUCAGUGCCAGUUUCUCCUUUCCCCAAACCCACGUCUGGCCCCAGUGGGACUGUUGGAGACUACUUUGGGGCCAAUGGUUCCCAGCUCUGUGUUCGCCUCCGGGCUCAGAUCCAGAUGAGGGUCCUGUACCAGAGCCAUGAUGGAGAAAAGCUUUGGGGCGUUUUUAUCCUGAACCCCAACAGAACAGUUGCUCAGGGAGGCUGUGAGGGGAAUCAUUCCAGCUUAAAUCUAUCUUUUCCUGAUGGAAAACUCAUCUUUGGCUUCAAGCAGGACUCGAUCAUGAAAAGUGUCUACCUGAGCUACUUGGCAACAGAAUUCAAUGUGUCCUUCCCCUCUGCAAUUCGGUGGACAUUCUCAGCAGAGAAUUCAUCACUCCAGGAUCUCCAGGCACCACUGGGUCAUAGCUUCUGUUGUAGAAAUAGAAGUAUAGCCCUCUCCCCAGAGAUCCACCUCGACUUGCUAUCUCUGCAGCUACAGGCAGCUCAGCUUCUCCCAAACGGGGCCUUUGGCUUAGCUUUCUCCUGCUCUGCUGAGUUCAAGAUCCUAGUGCCUCUUGUGGUGGGUCUCGUCCUCCUCACUUUGCUCAUCCUUGUGCUUAGUGCCUUCUGUGUUUCCCGAAGACGCCCACCAGCCUACCAGCCUCUCUGAAAGCUCGUGAUUCCCUUAUUCUCUUCAUGCUGGUGGGGAUGUUCUUAUUCCAUUCUCUCACCUCAACCUUCAGCUAUCACUCUUUUUUCCAUUUUCUCUACCUUAUUAGUUCUAGGAUGGAGCUUCAAUUCCCCUCUACCGGUACUCUUUUUUUUUUUUUUUUUUUUUGGGGGGGGUGUCUCAAAAGACAAAAUAAAUAAUUGGGUAAUAAGAGUUUUUAUUGGAUUUGACAGAAGUAUCUUCAUAGGAUCAUGUGAAAAAAUGCAUUUUCCUUAGCUUGUCCACUUUGCAAUGAUUAAAGAUCACAAUUGCUUUGCCUUA